AUGCACGUCAGUGCUGAGAAGCUGACGAAUGAGGAGCGCGCGCAGGUGUUGCGCGAGCUUCCGCUCCGAAAGUUUAGCCAGAAGCUUGCCGAUGUGAUCGCAGGCUUGAAUAUUCCUCGCUGCAAAGACUUCCAUCAGCGUGGUGGAUGCAAGCGGCCGCCAGGAAAGUGCCAUUUUUGGCAUCUCACAGAUGCCAGCGUGGCCCGAUGGGCUGGCUUCAACUUCUGGUGUGACGUCUGCUGCAAGGCCUUCACGUCCAAAGAUCAGAUGAUUGAGCACGAGCAGUCAAAGCCGCACUGCGAACGAGCUGGCUUCGAGUUUUCUGGAAGGCUUGGUCAGAAAGAUGGUGAACGCGGAGGACGAG